AUGCUUCAGUCAUUUAAGAAGACGCUUGUAGGGGGUAGGAAAAAGCAGACACACGCAGAGUCGCCGUACAAUGCAGGCAAUGCAGCAGCAAGUUGCGGGGGAGCGGACGCUGUGGGAAGCCCGCAUUCGCCUCCAGGCAUCGCGAAUCCAACGGCUCUCGUUUGUCGCGUCGCGAACGUAGAGGUUGCGCAGGAGGAUUUGUCGCAUUUUGCGGAGCAGGCACUUAUCCAGAAGCUGCACCUCUGCAGUUACCUCUACGAUUUUAACGACCCCAUGAAAAACGUGGAGGAGAAGGAGACUAAGCGGCAAACUCUCAUCGAGCUAGUCGACCACGUCAAAUCCGGAACGGGCAAAUACAACGAGGUGGUAUUCGAAUGCAUCUCGCGGAUGUUGGAGGUUAAUCUCUUCCGGCCGUUACCGCCGCCCGCGCACGAGACGUCCGGGUGGGAAUCAUUCGACAAUGAUUCCGCGAACGAGGAAAAGGAGCCGACUUUGGAAGCCGCGUGGCCGCAUUUGCAAAUCGUCUACGAGUUCCUGCGUUGGUAUGUCGUCUCUAGUAGCGAGGCCGACGCGGACGACGCGAAGCGUUACAUAGACCAGGAGUUCAUCUUAAAGCUGCUGAACCUGUUCGACUCGAAGGACCCUCGCGAGCGGGGCUAUUUGAAGACUAUUAUGCACCAGAUUUACUUGAGAUUAACGGUCCACCGGCUGUUUAUCCGCGAAACGAUAAACAAUAUUCUUUACCAGUUUAUCAAUAAGGAGGAGCGAAAGCAGAUUGUGGAGCGAGCACUGGUUCCGCUGCACAAGCCCAAGUGCGUGGCGAUGUACCACCGGCAGCUGUCGUACUGCAUCACCCAGUUUGUGGAAAAAGACCCGAAUCUUGCGGAUUCGGUGCUGCUUGGGUUGCUUGAGUCCUGGCCCUCAACUAACAGCCAGAACGAGCUGCUUUUCCUGGAAGAGUUGGAGAAGAUUCUGGAGCUCACGCAGGAGCUCGAGUCUCAUUUGGUGAUGACGCCGCUGUUCCAGCAGAUCGCGCUCUGCCUCAGCUCCUCUCAAUUCCAGGUACCGUGGGGGGUGUGA